AGCGGGCUGACUCCGCAGCCCGCGGUGGGGGACGCGGACGCGGCUAGCUCGGGAACCAGGAGCCCUUUGGUCUGGCCAGCGGGGGAAGGACUGACGCUGCGGCCCACCCCGCCCGCUCCCGCCGCCCCUGUCCGGGACCAAAAGAUGCACUCCAGGGUCCCCCUGUUCCUAUUGCUGCUGCUAGCCCCAGGGCCUGGGGUGCAGGGCUGCCCAUCUGGCUGCCAGUGCAACCAGCCACACACGGUCUUCUGCACUGCCCGCCAUGGGACCACGGUGCCCCGAGAUGUGCCACCUGACACGGUGGGCUUAUAUGUCUUUGACAACGGCAUCACCACGCUGGACACUGGCACCUUUGCCAGCCUGCCGAGCCUGCAGCUCCUGGACUUGUCACAGAAUCAGAUCACCAGCCUGCCCAGUGGGGUGUUCCAGCCACUCGCCAACCUCAGCAAUCUGGACCUCACCUCUAACAGGCUGCGUGAGAUCACCAACGAGACCUUCCGUGGCCUGCGGCGCCUGGAGCGCCUGUACCUGGGCAAGAACCGCAUCUACCACAUCCAGCCCGGUGCCUUUGAUGCACUGGACCGCCUCCUGGAGCUCAAACUUCAAGACAAUGAGCUUCGGGCACUGCCCCCGCUGCACCUCCCGAGCCUGCUGCUGUUGGACCUCAGCUAUAACAGCCUCCUCGCCCUGGAGCCUGGCGCUCUGGACACCGCCAAUGUGGAGGCGCUGCGGCUGGCUGGCCUGGGUCUGCAGCAACUGGACGAGGGGCUCUUCGGCCGCCUGCGCAACCUGCAUGACCUGGAUGUGUCGGACAACCAGCUGGAGCAAGUGCCCCCCGCAGUCCGGGGCCUCCAGGGGCUGACGCGCCUGCGGCUGGCUGGUAACACCCGCAUCGCCCAGCUGCGGCCCGAGGACCUGGCUGGCCUGGCAGCCCUACAGGAGCUGGACCUGAGCAAUUUGAGCCUGCAGGCCUUGCCGCACGAGCUCUCAGGCCUCUUCCCCCGUCUGCGGCUCCUGGCAGCUGCCCGCAACCCUUUCAACUGUGUGUGUUCCCUGAGCUGGUUCAGCCCUUGGGUGCGGGAGAACCGUGUGGCACUGGCCAGCCCGGAGGAGACACGCUGUCACUUCCCACCCAAGAACGCUGGCCAGAUGCUCCUGGACCUUGACUACGCCGACUUCGGCUGCCCAGCCACCACCACUACAGCUACAGUGCCCACCACAAGGUCCUUGGCAUGGGAACCCACACCCACAUCUUCCAGCCCGGCCCCAACCUGGCAAAACCCCACGGAGCCUGCUGCCAAGUCCCCAAGCCUGCCACCUGCCACCCCGCCCACCAUGGGGCCUGAUCCCCAGACCCAGGACUGCCCGGCGUCCAUCUGCCUCAACAGGGGCACCUGCUAUCUCGGGGCUCGGGGCCACCUAGCCUGCCUGUGCCCUGAAGGCUUCACUGGUCUGUACUGCGAGAGCCCGGCGAGGCAGGGUCUGUGGCCCGCCCCCGCCCCGGCCACUCCGAGGCCUCCUGGGCCCCUGCCCCUCAGAAUCGAGACAGUAAGCCCCACUUCUCUGAAGGUAGGGCUGCAGCGCUACCUACAGGGCAGCACCGUGCAGCUCAAGAGCCUCCGCCUCACCUACCGCAACCUGUCAGGCCCUGACAAACGGCCAGUGACACUGCGGCUGCCUGCCUCACUUGCUGAGUACACGGUCACUCAGCUUCGGCCCAAUGCCACCUACUCCAUCUGUGUCAGGCCCCUGGAUGCUGGGUGGGUGCCUGAGGGUGAGGAGGCCUGUGGAGAAGCCCGCACAGCCCUACCUGUCCGCUCCAACCAUGCCCCUGUCACACAGGCCCGAGAGGGCAACCUGCCGCUUCUCAUCGCGCCUGCCCUGGCUGCCGUGCUCCUGGCCGUACUAGCUGUUGUAGGGGCAGCCUACUUCGUGCGGCGGGGGCGGGCCACAGCAGCUGCAGCUCAGGGCAAAGGGCAGGUGGGGCCUGGGCCCCUGGAGCUGGAGGGGGUUAAGGCCCCCUUAGAGCCGGGCCCCAAGGCAAGUGAGGGUGUUGGGGAGGCCCCACCUGGUGGGCCUGAGUGUGAGGUACCACUCAUGGGCUACCCAGGGCCUGGGCUCCAAGGGCCCCUUCCCACUAAGCCCUACAUCUAAGCGGGAAGGAUGGACCACUGGGCUGAGUCCUCAGCCCUGCUGAGACUGGCCAGCACCCUCUUGCUGCCGGACCAAGAAGUUCUCAGAUCCAUAUGAUGAGGAUGACACAUCAGGGCAGGGGCUGUGUGACUAUAGCCAAGUCCCUGCCCCUCUCUGGACCUCGGUCUCUUCAUCUAAGAUGCUGGGACCCAGGUGAAGACCUCUAAGGACCCCCAGAGCCCAAGUGCCUCUGAGGAUGGCAUAUGCCCUUUCCUCUGCAGUGUGCAACCUCUGGGGCGGGACAGGGCAGGCAGGCUCCACCGUGUGCUGGUAACACAGGCCUAGGGCCGCCAGGCUCCCAGCUCGAGGAGACUCUGGGGGUCGAUGAAGGAAGCCCCCAGAAAGAGACAGAGGGAGAGCAGGGGUAAGGAUGGGUGUGCAUCCCAGCCCUGACCCCAGGGAGUGAAGCAACAAAAGAAACUGGAAAGAAAGACGCUUUAGGAACAAGCUUUGCUUUUGUUUUUUAAAAUAUAUUUAUAAGAGAUCCUUUCCCAUUUAUUCUGGGAAAAUGUUUUUUCAAACUCAGAGACAAAGACUUUGGUUUUUGUAAGAAAAAUGAUGAUAUGAAGGCCUUUUAUAAGAAAAAUAAAAGAUAAAAUAAAACGAAUGUUUUUCUGGCAGGGCUCCAGGGCCCUGGGAGGGAGGGGCUUCAGGGCGGGUGUAAAGGGACCACCCUCUCUGUGGGGAACUGAGGGUCCAGAACCCCACUCUCUCCAGCGGGCACCGCGACCUGGACAACAUACCCUGGGCUUGGGCGGCUACUGCUGAGGGCCACGGUGAGAAGGGCGGCAUUCCCACAAGGCCCGCCCUGGGGCUGUGUCCACCCAGCCCCUGCGUGGGCAGCCCUGCCUCCCAAGGCAGGAACAGGACAGAAGCUGGCGAGCUUCCAACCUCAUGGGAGGACAGUUUGGACAGUCUUCGCCUACCCAGGCUCGAGAACUGCAGUGGUCCUGUAAGGGGCUCAUGGCAGAUACGUGCCAAGAGGGUCCCCAAGGGUCCACUCUCCGGAACGGGUCUGCCAGGCAGCCCACGCCUGCCUUCCUCUGUGGAGGGGGUGCCUCGAGCUGUGUCCCGCCAGGCCCUCGUGGAUGACGGAGGACUAAGUGGCCUGCACGGCCCACCUGCCCUGCAGUCUCACUGCCCCUCUGCAUGGGCUUUCUGUUCCAGCUACAGAGAAGGAGCCUUAGUUAAGGGCAGCACAGAUCCUGAAUGGCCAGAGCCCUCUGGUGAGUGGAGAGGCUGUUAGAGAUUGGAGGCAGAUGGCCCAGGAACAGGAGCAGAGAUCUGAGUCUGGCCUGUGGGGACCUGGUAGCCCUGUGAUGCGCCUUUACUCUCUGCAGUACAGAUGUGUUUGAUUUUCUGAAAACUGCAGAAGUAAGAGUGUUUUCCAGGAAGACCACAGGCAAGGGUAGGGGGCCAGGGAAGGUGCUGAGGGCUUGGGAACGGUGAUGGAUACAGGGUACCUUUACCCAGUACCUUUUAUAUGGAAGGGGAGGUGGGCCCUGGGGCUGCAAGGAGGCCCUGCAGAUGCUGGAGUGCCUGAAGCCCCAUGCCUGUGCCCCUCUGUGGGUCUCGGCCCCCGGCCCCUUGCCUCACCCUGGCAAAAAGGAGGCAGCUUGGUCAGGCCUGAGGAACAGGCCCUACAGCUUAGGGGUGUUGAUGUCAGGGCCAAGUCAAGCCCUGCCACACAAGGCUCUGGAUUCAAUUAGUGGCUGCCGAGGGUUCUGGCAUGAGAAGGGAGGAGGCGACCAGAGGGUUGUGGGGGCAGAAGGUGGUAGCAGUGUGCCUGGGUGGGGCCCCAUGUUCCUGAGCCAGCAGCAGUGGCCCAGGUGGAUUUCUUGCGGGCCUGGGUCUCAUUACUGGAGCGGCCACACUGAACCAGCACCCCCCUCCCAACCUCGGCAGCCCAGUCAAAGGGGCCAUUGUGGGCUCAUGGGCCGCUGCUGAACACGGUGGCUGCUGAAUAAAUGUUUUCCCUGCAAAGCCAAACCUGGCCUCAUGGGCCAGCAGAGAGUGGGUGGAACCUAAAGAAAGGAGGCUGGUGUGAGCCCUCCCCGAAAAGGCGUCUGGGGUGUCCCACUAGAUCAGGAGCUGGGGGAUGAAGGGAGGGCCAGCGGCUGAGUAGGGGAGCUAAGCCAAGGUGAGCCCCUACCCAGG